AUGGGGGGAGGCGAUGGGACGGAGCGCAGACACGCACCGCACCGCACAGGCGACAGGACAGGGCUGCGAAGGAUUGGCACGCCGGGUUCCUUCCUUCAGUCGGCCGAAGAUGGCGCCAGCCGGGCAGAGCCAGCUCGAGCGACAAGCCUCCCGGUCGUGUUAGUGUCUGGCGCGGCACUGGCAGAGAAGACGGGGAAACGGGAUUGGAUCGUUUUGGGGGGGGCAGCGUGUGGGUGCGGCGCCCCGUUCGGUGGCCUCUGUUGA